UUUUGGGUGUAGUUUGCCAUAAAACUCACAGAAGAAAAAGCAGAAGCUCUUCUAGUGGUGGUGUAGGAGGAGCUCCAUAGAAACCUUUGCAUACUAAGGGUGUGAUCUCCUUUCGGUUUCAGAUGUCAGAGUCACAGCACCAACAACAGUCACUCAAGCCAUGGACAUCAUAGAUCCCAUCUUGGGCAUAGCGGAGACGCUUUACUCUCUAUGUGGUGAAGUGAAAGCCAAUAAGAAGCGCUGUCAGCGUUUGGCCCAGCGCAUAAAAGCCUUGGAUGAGCUGGUGAGAGCAGUCAAGGUGAAGGGACUGGGGCAAAAGCCUUCCCUUGUGGAGAAUGUCCUAUGCGAGCUCAAACUCACCCUGGAAAAUGCCCAAGACGUGGUUAAGAAAUACUCCUGCGCCAGCUACCUGAAGCGCAUCCUGAAGGCCUACGACCAGGGAGAUGAUUUUGGGAGUUUAAAUGAGCGUCUGAAUGAUGCGUCUCAGGGGCUGUCGCUAGCCCUGCAGGUGGAUCAGAGUGACAAUCUACUUCAGGAGUCUCGAGAGAGGACACGACGGAGAGAGGAUAAGGCUGACAGGGAGAGUGAUCGUCUGGAGCUGCAGAAAUUGCUACUCUCUCUGGCGGAGGACACGAAGGAAAGUGUGGACACAGUGCAUGAGAAAGUGGACUCCACCGAAAAAGACGUGAAAGACAUCAAAGCCAUGUUGGAAACCUUAAUGAAGCCCAGUAUUUUUCAUGAAGACAUCAGAGAGAUCAAGCCAGAGGAGCUGAUCUACGACGUGCCCAAAGAGCCCUUCAUCAAGAAUGACAAUUCGGAGAUAUUCAAAGGAGAGUACAACAAAUUCACAGUGGCCAUCAAAAGAUACGCCUACUCAAGGGGUACAAGCCUGAGUCACAUGAGAAACAUCUUUAAAAAGGAAGUGGAGACUAUGAAACGCUUUGAGUCACCAAACAUCCUGCGAAUGUUUGGGAUCUGUGUCCAGGAAGAGAACGGACCCAAUCCAAACUUCCUCAUUGUCAUGGAGUUUUGUGAGAAGGGCAGUCUGAGAGAGGUUCUGGAUUCCCAAAGGAAGCUGCCCUGGGACAGAAAGGCUCGAUUGAGUCUAGAUGCAGCACGGGGCCUCUACAGAUUGCACCAGUCGGAGGAGAAGUUUAAAGUGCAUGGAUGCAUCAACAGCAGCAGGUUCCUGGUAGAUGCUGGGUACAGAGUGAAGCUGGGAGGUUUUGAGCUGGCCAAAACCGAGACGUCAUUGAAGAGGACAAAGGAUAGCAGUAGAAGCUCUUUUUACUACAGCUCCCCUCAGCAGCUUGAGAGUAUUAAUCAUAAGUACAACAAGGAAUGUGAGAUGUACAGUUUUGGCAUUGUCCUUUGGGAGAUUGCAACCCGCAAGAUUCCCUUCAAAGACUGCUCACAAAUGAAUCAGGUGUAUCAGAUGGUGUGUAAAGACAAAUAUACUGAACCUCUUCCGGAAGACUGCCCUAAACAGUUGGGGGAACUGAUCAACGACUGUCGCUCCUAUGACAGCUUCCAAAGGCCAACGGCAGGAGUGUUAGUGGACAAGCUCCGCAAAGUGGUUGAGCAGCUAGAGGAGGACUAACAAACAGAGGUUUCCGAAAAGAGGAAAACCAAGAGCGGUUAUCAACCCCAGAUCAAAGGAAGAACAAAUUUACUGUCUCUCAUUCUUUAUGGGAUUAAAAUUUAUUCUGGAUUGGUGUCCCAUCCAUGGGACAGUUGAGCUAACGAAGGCUAAUGCAAUUAGCAUGAGGUUGUAAGUAACAAGAACCUUUCCCAGGACACAGACAUGUCUGAUAUUGUCAGAAAGCAUACAUUCUUGUUAAUCUAACUGCACUGUCCAAUUUACAGUAGCUAUUACAGUGAAAGAAUACCAUGCUAUUGUUUGAGGCGAGUGCACAAUUUUGAACAUAAAAUUAUUAAUAAACAAAUUAGGGACAUUUGGGCAGUCUUGAUACUUACAUUUGAACAGACACGCAAUGGUUCAUUGGCUCAGUCUGAAACUUUCUACAUACACUGCUACAUACAAAAGUACAUACAAAAUCUAAAUUGCACGUGAUGGCCUUUAGCUUGCAUUUCAAAGAUGAUGGUACAAAAAAGUACAAAACUUUUUCUUUGUAUUAUCUUUUAUCAGAUCUAAUGUGUUAUUCUCCUACAUUCCUU